AUGGAAGUGGAAGAUGAUGAAGACCUCGCGGCUGCAAUCGAGUGGGAUCAGAAGUCCAAGCGAAGCGCCAACAACGAGCAGGACGUUGUCCAGUGGAUCGAGUCUAUUGUCGGCGGUCAGAAGGGCGAAGCGAGCGUUGGCGAAUGGCUGAAAUCAGGAGUGGUCCUUUGCAACCUGGUCAAUGCCAUUCAGCCUGGACUCAUCAGGACUGUGAACCAGCAGUCUGUACCAUUCAAGCAGAUGGAGAACAUCACGAAGUUCCUGAACGCAGCCAGAGAGCUGGGACUUCCAGAGAGCUCCAUGUUCGACACUCCAGACUUGUACGAAGAGAAGAAUUUGGAUUCGGUCAUCACAUGCAUCUAUGCCUUGGGUGGUGCGGUGCAAACCGUAUGCCCUGACUUCACAGGGCCAAAGCUGGGAAUACCCCUCAUCGCUAAGGGCAAGGAUGUGAAAGUGAAGGGCAAGACGUCGUCUCAUCUCCUACAUCUGGAUCCAGACCAGGUCGCCUCCAUGCGUGAAGAGCUCGAGAGCCUACGAGAAAGCCACACAAGGCUCGUGGAGGAAAAUCAGCUUCUGCGCAAGAAGGCCGAGGUGGACAUCCCCCACUGGGCCUCUCAAGUGAGACUGAUGGCACAAGAGGUGGAAGAGGCAGCUACGCCGCUGGCUGCGUGCCCCCUCGGCGAAAGGCUCCUGGCAGUCGCAACAGCCUUGCAAGAAGCAGAGGUUGGACUCCGAGGGCUGAAGGGCGCUCCUUACCGGGAGGAGCUUGAUGAGCUGAAAAGGGCCUUCGCUCAGCACCUUGCAGAAGGAGAGCAUAGAGAGGCGGCCUUGCGCGAAGAGCUGGAACGUUUGAAAGGGACUCUGCCCGAGUCGCCGAAUUCUGUCCUUUGA